AUGAAUAUGUCGGUUCCUGAUGCUGCUGCCGGGCAGUCGCUGGGCUCCAGGCAUCACAAGUCUCAGGAUCCUCGUCCAUCAGCAUCAUGUGCCCUGUGGCCAGUGGACCUGAAACUAACCCACAUGGACUGGAACCCGGACGCCACCCUGAUCCACUUCCAGGGACAGUACCUCACCAUCUGUGACCUGGACUAUCACAUUCUCCAGGUGGAAAUACAGAACGCACCGAAGACCAAAGCUGCCGUGGAUAUUGGAGAGUUUUGCCUUGUGGAGGAUUUGACUUCUGCCCGCUGGUUCAGAGGAAGAGUUCAUAACCGAAGAGAAGACUUGUUUGACGUUUUCCUCAUCGAUCACGGAAACGUGUUGAGUGUGGACGUUACCCACCUGUCCUCCUCUUCCAACGACCUGUUCAUCCUACCUCCAAAAAUAGUUUGUGGCUUCCUUGCAAACGUGCUGCUGCUUCCGAGUUGUUCUCACGCUGUAGUGGAGCAAUACCUUUCUAACCUGAUUGGACGAGACGUCUCAGGGGACAUUCAAGCCCUCCUUCCCCACAAAGUCCUCCUGAUGGAAGCCCCUGACAUCAACGACGACCUUGUAAGACAUGGGUUUGGGAGACAUGUGGACACAGAUACCUUCCUCCUGCUGGUUGAGAUGCUCACAGAGGUGCCGCUCACACAGAAUAUGGAGCCAAUGCCUGACUUACUCAUCGAAAAGCCACAGGGACACGAUUAUCACUUCAAACUAUCGGGUUUCCAGAGAUUCAGAGAGACUCUGUCCUUCUGUCAGCCGAGAUUGAGUUGUGGGACACGUGCGAGGGUGCGAGUAACUGCUGCCGUCAACCCCCGGCUGUUCCACUGUCAAAUGGCCAGUAUGAAAACAGAUCUUUGGGAAAUGUCCGACAAGCUGGCUUCAGUCUGUGAGUCCAAAGAUAACAGCCAGAAGACGCCAGAGAACCUGGGUUUACUGUGCUCAGUUAAAAGCAAAGAUGGGAAAUGGCACAGAGGCUACGUGCAGUGUCUCCCCAUCAACUCUCAGCUCAGAGUUUUCCUCAUUGACUACGGAUACUCUGAAUCUGUUAAAGUUGAGAACGUGCUCAGGCUGCCUCCUGAACUCUGCUCAGCACCCAUCAUGGCGUUCCCCUGCUCGCUCUCCUGUCUGCGUGAUCAGGACGAGGCCGUCAAACCUCAGCAGCUCAGUCUCCUCCAGGCAGGUCUGCUGGGGGAGGGGCUGGACGUGGAGAUCAGAGGUUAUGAUGAAGAGCAGCAUCUUUACACCGUUAGGUUGAUUAGGGCUGAAGAUGAUGAUGUGAAGGAACCAGAGCAAGAGCGCCUCCUAAAGGGAGUUGAGUCGGUUUCUAAAGCAGAAAGAGUCCCACCUCGGGGGGGGUAUCUGUACUAUGAAACAAUCAUGGGGGGAGUCCUUGAUAAAACCCUGGAAGCAGAAGAGGUGCAGGAAGACUCGGUGUUUGUGGGCUACGUUGAACACGUCCAGAAUGCAAACCACUUCUGGAUCAGAACACAAAAACGCAACGAGGAGUUUGAAGAGAUGAUGACAAAAAUGAAAGAUCACUUCAGUCAUGUGAAGCUGGAGGAGGACGUGCUGGUGGAUCCUGAGCUCGGAGCCCAGUGCUGUGCAGUCUAUGAGAAGGACAUGCACUUCUACAGGGGCGUGGUCACGGACACUCUGGACCACGGAGCUGAAGUUCGUUUCAUCGACUUUGGGAACAUUGAGAAAGUGCCACACAAGUUGAUCAAGAAAAUACCGGAGGCAUUUGCCAGGAAAUCAGCGUUUGCCUUUUGUUGUACUCUUGUUAAUUUAUUUCCAUUGGAUGAAGUCUGGACGGGCACGUUCUCCGACACGUUCAGACAAGCUGUGUCAAACAAAGCUCUGUUGGUCCACGUUGUCCAAAGGAGGAAGAACAAGCUGGUGGUCGACCUCUUUACCACGGGACAGGGCAACAGUCAGAGAAUCAGCGACCUCCUGAUCAGCUCAGAAGAAGUUUGCGGCUGGAAGGUGAACACUGAGUCUAAAGUGCACAACAACACAAAGACUACACAAAACUCAAAGUGCCUAAGACCCCGUGAGACAUCAGACAUCGGUCGGAAAACAAAGCAAAGUGAAAUUUACAAAGAGGAAGAGAACACGUGUAAAAACGAAAUCAAGAAGUCUCCGAACCCUGUCAGCUUCAAACCUUUAUUCAUCAAACCUGGCUUUGAGUUUGCUGUUCAAUGCACUAACGUCGAGUCUUCAUCCGAUUUCUGGUGCCGACUUAAAGAUAAAGGUCCAGCUUUGGAAGAACUGAUGGAUAAACUUCAGAAGCACUACUCAACCAGCUCGGCGCCCGUUGAAUCAGGGGUUAGGUGCUGUGUUGCUAAGUCUCUAGAUGGAAAGUGGUACCGAGGCUUCAUCACAGACAAACACAACGAUCAUGCCAGUGUGAUGCUGAUUGACUUCGGUUUAUCCAUCUGGGUCCAGGAGCAUCAUCUUCAGGCAAUACUGCCAGAAUAUGUGGAUUUGGAAGGACAAGCUUUCAGGUGCACCUUUUCCAACCUGAUAGAACCAACGGACCCUGAGAGCGGUGGGACCUGGGGUCUGGAGGUGUGUCACUCGGUGAGAAAGUUUGUCCAGGACAGCGCCGGCAGCCUGAGAUGUAACUUUGUCUCUAAUGCGAUUGUGCAGAACAAGGGCUUUUGCAAUGUUGUGGAUCUUUACAACACCAAGACCCAACAGAGCCUCACAAGCUGGCUCGUUAAACAGGGUCUGGCAACAGAGACGACUAUCUCAACCAAGCAGCUAUCAACAGUGUCACCUGAGACGUUCGUCUACUCCUCUUAUGAUCUGAGUCCUGGAAAGGAAGAGCAAGUGUACGUGACUCACGUGAGUAACCAGUGGGAGGUCUUCUGCCACCUGGAGAGAAACACCCAGAUCAUCGCGGAGCUGGAGAAGAAGAUCUCCGAGGAGAGCGAGAAAAUCAUGCAAACCAGCACAAGAGCUGUGGUGAGGAAGCUGUGCCUGGCCAAAUACUUUGAUGGCAAACGUUACAGAGUGCUGGCCCAUCCGGUUCCGUCCCCCCUGCACCUCAGUGUCUUCUUUGUGGAUUAUGGAAACAAAAGCAUAUCCGAGAGAACCCAGGUCACGUCCAUUCCCAGAGACUGUGCCGAUCUGCUGUACACGCCCAUGCAGGCGCUCCGGUGUCGCCUCGCCUCAGUGUCCGAGGAGGAGCUCUAUCCCGACGUCAAGGAAUGGCUGGACCGAACAAUCCUCAACAAGCAGGUGAGAGCCGUCGUAGUCGGACGGAGAGAAGAUGGUUCGUUCGAUGUUGAGCUGUUCGACGGAGACGUGAACAUCAAUGAGAAGGUGAAGGAGCUCGUUCUCAGUCUUUCACCCAAAGAAAAAACUGUUGUUAGUUUUGCUCCCGCGAUACAAACGAGAAAAGUUAUAACUUCUUACAGGCAAAACGCAAGGAUCCCAGUCAAGAGCACGAUCCAACUUAGAGGGAAAUCGAGUUACCACAGAGGUGCUCCAGUUGGUAACGCAGCCCAUAAGAAGAAAGUUCAGAACUAUUACACGAAAAUAAAACAGCCAAACGACAACAAGACAAAGAGCAGCGCUCAGGAAAAAACACAGAGAAACUCUGAGGUAAAACCACAAAGAGACGAGGACACAAACUCAGAAAAACCUCAAAACACCAACAAAAGAGAAAUCCCUCAACUCCCAUGUUUCCCCGACAAGAAGAUUAAAGUCGGUCUCCGGGCGAAAUGCUUCGUCUCCCACAUCGACUCAGUCAGCAGCUUUUUCCUUCACCUGGCAGAUGACGAACCUGCCAUCGAGAAAAUGUGUGAAGAUCUGAACUCUUGCACCUUCAGAAGUUCGUUGAGGUCCGUCGUGUCCGUGAGGAUCGAGCAGCUCGUCCUGGCCGUGUACCAGGAAGACGGCGCUCUGUAUCGCUCGGUGGUGAAACGCUCUGAAGGCAGCUCCGGCUUCUCAGUGGAGUUUGUGGACUAUGGGAACUCAGCAGUCGUGGAGAAGGAGAGAAUCCACCUGAUACCAGAAGAGCAUCUCUCUCAGCCUAGGUUCAGUUUACCCUGCUGCCUGGUGGACACCAGCGCGUUUGAAAAUGAUGCUUCUUUCACCGACGCUGUCAUGGAGAAGCCGGUCAUGGUCGACUUUGUCCGUCAAGCUGGAACUCAGUGGGAAGUCGAGCUUCAGAUUCUUGAUGGAGAGGUCGAUCUUCCUGCAGCAGUCGAAGCGGCUGUUGAAACCGGCCCUGAAAACAAAGAAGAAGACGAGGAAGAGGAGGAGUCUCCUGUGACUUCAACUGAAAUGGAGCAGGAAAUGAGAUCUGGACAGAACCACCUCAGAGAAGAAACUAGCGUGAAUGAAACGACAGCUUCGGAGAGAGUCGGGCAAUCUGUCUCCGAAUGUCAAAACGUGUCACUGCCGAACAAACUGAAGGUAAAAACUUACGGGCGCCUCAGGAGUCGCAUCACAGAGAAGAGAGGGAUGAAGAGGAAAACGUCCUCGGACAAAGCAGCGAGCGAUCGUACUGAUGCUUUCAUUCCUCCGCGUAUUCAGGCCAAAGACAGAGAGAAGGGAACGGUUCUGUCCGUCCUGAGCGACGGGGAUUUCUACGUCCGACUCGCUCGAACCAGCUUCCUGCUCGACGCCCUGGACGGAUUCAGCGCUGACGACCUGGACAGAUGUGAGCCGGUGGUGGAAGAGGACGUCACACGAGGCUUCAGGUGCUUAGUUCAGGUUCCCGCAGACAACACCUGGCAAAGGGCUGUUGUUCAGCAUGUGGGUGAGGAGAAGUGCAAUGUCCUACUGGUGGAUCACGGAAUCACAGAGGAGAUUCCAAACGCCUCGAUCCGCCGACAGUGUGGCGACCUGACGAGAGUCCCGGGCCUGGCGGUGCUGUGCAGGAUAAACUGCUUUGGGUUCAGCGGGCGAGAGAACGUCGACCAAUCCUGGAGCGAGACGCUGAAGCCGCUGAUCGGCAAAGACGUCAGCGUCGUGUUUGUGCGUUUCUCAGAAGCCGAGAACCUGUGGAUGGUUGAAGUCGUGGUUAACGGACUGUUCGUCAUGAACCAACAAGAUCACAGGAUCCAAUCCGAGGCCGGAACUCAGGACGACGCCUCAGAAAGUCGUCCUCAGCAACUCGUCUUUGCUCCGAUCGACUUAGACUCCGGAUACUUCGGCUUCGCUGCCGCGGGGACGAGUCCGUGGGACUUCAGCGUCGUCCUGGAGGAUUUGCUCCUCGUCAUGGACAAAGUGUGCGUGAUGCUGGAGGAGCUCCCUGAGCAGACGUCUCCUGUCCCCGACGCCCACGUGGUCCAGGGCACCUGCUGCCUUUUGAAAUCCGACUCCAAGUGGUGCAGGACAGAGAUCGUGAACACCGACGGCGCUGUGGUGCUGAACCUGGUGGAUUACGGGCGAGUUGAGAGUCUGCCACUCGAACACUGCUCCGAGCUGAGGACGCUUCCAGAGGAGCUGGUGAAACUCCCCAAGGUGGCCCACCCGUGCGUCCUGCGGGGGGUGAAGCCGGCUGCUGACUCACAGUGGACCGAGGAGGCGGAGCUUUUCUUCCUGCAAUCUUUGAACCAGAAGAACCUUCAGAUCUUCUUCAGAGAGUUGGUGCCACACGCUCACUGGAAGGUGGACAUUCUGGCAGAUGGCGUCCAUGUUGCCAGGGAGCUGGUGGAGGCCGGACACGCCGAGUAUGUGGACGUCCUCCUGGGACUCAGGUUCCAGGAGCUGGUCCCCGGACUCGUCCCUCUGAGCUCGGACAGCGGACAGGAAGUGGACGCCUCUGAGGGGACGUCGGAUCCUUCAGCUGAGGUCACUGAGGAAGACGAGGGGAGGAAACUUCCCAGUUCUUUGUCCGGAUCCACUCGAUGCGUCGUCAUGUGA